AUGGCCGCAUUAUCGACAACCCUCCCCUUGAACCGUGACUCCGUCUGCUCGGCGCACAAGGUUGUCAAGAAUCAUGUCCAUCGCACGCCUGUGGUGACCAAUCAGACGCUUUCCGAGCUGGCUUCGACGCCCACGACCGUUGAGAAUCUCAAGGACACGAGAUUCGCCGGCAGGACGCCCGCGAAGCCUGUGCUGAGACUGUGGUUCAAGUGCGAGAACUUGCAGCGCAUCGGGGCCUUCAAAGUGCGCGGGGCCUUUUAUGCGCUGCACAAGCUGUCAGAGGAGCCGGGAUGGCUGGAGGGAGGAGGAAAGGAAAAGGGCGUUGUGACGCAUAGCUCUGGGGGGGAAGAGAAGCUCAAGAUCAAGAUUCUCUUGUAUCCCGUUCACGGCAACCAUGCUCAGGCCCUGGCUCUCGCAGCCCGAGAAAACGGCAUCAAGGCUCACAUCGUCAUGCCUGAAAUCUCCAUCCCUGCGAAAAUCAACGCCACCAAAGGCUAUGGCGCCAACGUCAUCUUCAGCGGCAGCACGAGUGUCGAGCGUGAGGCCGUCACCGAAAAGGUUGUUGCCGAAACCGGUGCGCGGCUGGUCCCUCCCUAUGAUCACCCUGAUAUUAUGCUUGGCCAGGGGACCCUCGGACUCGAGCUCCAAGACCAAGUAGAGAGCAGCAUUGCAUCUCAGGUUAACCCAGCUGGACAAGCCCUGAGGGGCGUGUAUGCCGCUGCAGCAAACAAGACCAAGGGAAAUAAAGAAGGACUGGAUGCCAUCAUCACUCCAUGUGGUGGCGGCGGUAUGCUCUCCGGCGUGGCACUCAGCUGCGAAGGCACUGGUAUCAAGGUCUUUGGCGCCGAGCCGUCACAUCAAGGAGCCGACGAUGCUAAGCGAGGAUACGAAUCAGGCGAACGCAUCCCCACCGUGUCGUCUCUCACUGUGGCUGAUGGACUGAGAACACCCGUGGGUGUGCAUCCUUGGAGCGUCAUCUUCGAGCGGCGUCUAGUAAGUGGCAUGUACAGCGUGACGGAUGAAGAGAUUUUGAAGACCAUGAAGCUCGUGUAUGAGCGGAUGAAGAUGGUGGUCGAACCGAGCGCAUGCGUUCCGCUGGCGGUUGCGCUGUUUGAUGAAGACUUUAGAAGCCUUGUGGAGAAGGAGGCUGGCGAAGAGGGAUGGGACUUGGGGCUUGUGUUCAGCGGCGGAAAUGUCGCUGUUGAUGCGCUCGGCAAGCUGCUGGCAGGAGAAAAGUGA